CUGAGAGGCAGUCUGCUGGAGGUGUGGGGACGGGAAAGGCGUCCACACGUGGGACAGAGCCACACUGGGAGCCUCGCUUUAAAUCCCCAGUUUGCCGAAGGGCUCGGCUGAAACAUGCCAAAUGUGUGACUUCUUGAACAGAAGAGAAGAAGCGCUUUUCCGCCCUCCUAUCAACUACUGUCAGGUAGAAAACUGGGACCGCUCACAGCAGGAGAUCAUGGAAAACCUCUGGAGGAGACGGAGGACGGAGGCGCUUCUGAGGAACACUCUGCUGCUUGGUUUAUUCACUGGGAGCUGUGAGGCACACUGUGAAGCCUGCAUAGAGUACUGCUGUGACGGAUCGCCGCCUUUCUGCUGCUCCUACUACGCCUACGUCGGGGACGUCCUCUCGGGCACCGCCAUCUCCGGCAUCGUGUUCGGCGUGGUGUUUCUGAUGGGGGCGGUGGCAGCGCUGUUCCUCUGCGUGUGCAUGUGCAUGAAGAAUGGACGCGGAGCGCGGGUCGGCGUGUUCAGCACCUCCUACAUCAACACCGUCACCCAGGGAUAUCCAGGUCCUCCGCCUCCUUACACCUACGACUAUGAGAUGUACCCACCAUCAUUACGACCCCCGCCUUACACCCCAGCCCAGCCUCAGCAAGCCAGCUACUCUCCGCCACCUCCUUACCCGGGCUUCACCCGCAAGUGAAUCCUCCUCGAUCACACGCCGGGCGGACCGUCUCCUCGUUCCCUGGAAGCUGGCGACACGGACAUAAACGGACACUCGUCGCGGCUGCUCUUCUAAAAAUUGUCAGAAUUAAAACUCAAAAGUGGAUAUAGUCAGAGUACCCCUACACACCCUACACACACACAGUUUUAAUGCACUGCUACUGCUUUGAAGCAGAACCUCUGGUGAGAAGAGAACCAUUUCAGG